AUGAUCGACCACUUACUAGGUCGACCAUCGACCAAACUCAAACGAAUUGAAACCUUUUCCGUCAUCCUCUUCUGGCUCACCUACUUACUCUCCGGUAACGCAUCCGGUCCCACCCCCUUUAUUCGACGUCUCAAUGCCCGUGUCAAAAAGUUCUCACCAUGGCAAAUAUUGGUCUUUUCUUCAGUCUCGAUGUAUACCAUUCGUCAUCUCGAUUCCCUUCUCGGGUUUGGAGCUCCAGAACCGCUGGCUAGGAUGUACUCGAGAAACUUUUACAGGACGACUUGGUUAGUGACAGCGUUAGAUGCUGGGUUUGCAUCUGCAAUGAAUGUCAAACCAAAAUGGUUGCGGGAUAUCAUGUCGAUGGUUUUCUCGGUGUAUUAUAUGGUUUAUGCGAACGAGGCGGAUGAAAAGCUAAGAAAGUAUAGAGCGUUUUGUACUGUGGAAAUGAUGAGAACGACUUGGGAGAAAACGACGAAUCCGUACAUUCGUGCGGUUACUUGGUUCCAUCGUGCUUCCCUGCCGAUAGCCAGGCCGUUGUUGAUACCCAGACCGGAAAUCGGCGCGCAUCAUACAAGGCCCAGCAAAGCAUGGCUGUUCUACCCAAAAAGCGAGAGACAGUUGAGGAUGGAAGAGGAACUAGUGUUGGACUUUUGCGGAGGAGGAUACAUAUGUAUGGAUCCGAGGCAUCACGAGGAAAGAUUAAGACAGUUGGCCAAGCAGAUGCAGAAACCGGUGCUUUGUGUGGAUUACUGCAAAGCGCCCGAAUACCCUUACCCCUUCGCGCUCGAGGAGUGUUUUGAUUUGUACAGAACGCUGCAUGAGACGGCGGGUAAGGUGAUUGGUAUGAGUGGGUCGCCCAACUUUAGAAUCAUCUUGACUGGUGAUAGUGCCGGAGGCAAUCUAGCAACAGGAGUAGCACUAAAGGUGAUACAAUAUCCACAGGCGAGGAUUCAGUUAGCGUACCAAUCGUUGACGAGUAGAGCAAGUAAGGAUGCCAGGAGUCCACCACCCUUACCGAAACCAAUUGGGAUGGUGCUAAGCUACCCGAGUCUGAACUUUGGCUUCAGUAGCUGGAUGAAGCCCGAGCAUUUGCGAUUGCUGAGGCAGCAGAGUGAGGUCAACCUCGAUAACCUUGCCCAGCACCAAUCCGACCUUUCCCACUCUUCCAGCAACGGGGAUGGCAUUGCGGCCAGCGGAUCUUCCACUUCGAUCAACUCUCUUCGUUCAGCACGACGCCGAUCAGCAGCGAACUUGGCCAACUCUACAGCAGAUCGAAAGAGGGCAGAAGCCAAACGAGCCCGUUCGAAGGAAAGAAAAGAUCCUCGAUCGUAUCAAUCCCUCACCCAAACAGCAGAGUUGCAUCUGGAUGAAAGAGCGAGGUAUGCAGAAGUCGACCCAACAUCGGAUGAGAAUGGCAACGGAUCUUCCAGUCCACCUGAUCCGUAUGGCGCGACGUAUGAUCGAAUCUGGGCAGAGAACGCACUUACUCCAUCCUGGGAGAAAGGUGGACUACCAUGGGGACAAGUCGCACAUCAAGCCGUGCUGGACGAAAUCGCGGAUCGCCAAGAAAAACGAGCGCAAGCAGCAUUCGAACGCGAACAAAAAGUCCUCCAACAAGCAGCUGCCGAAGCAGAUAUUCGCAACAAAGACCAAAAACGAGCGCCAUUCAAUACCCGACUCACCGUCACCUCUAUGGCUGGCUAUUUCCAGGAUCGGAUCAUUACGCAAGGUAUGCUUCGCGCCAUGGCGAUUCUCUACAUCGGCCCCAAGAGACAGCCUGAUUUGGAUCACGAUUACUUUCUCAGCCCUGUCGUUGCACCUGCUCAUCUGCUUGCCGAGUUCCCACCGGUGCUGUUCAUCUGCGGUGAAAAAGAUCCGUUGUGUGACGAUACGGUGAUUAUGGCCGGUAGGAUUCGUGAAGCGAAACUCGCGAAGAAGGCUGAUUUGGCACGACGCCGCGCGAUGGCCUCCGCGAGGUUCGGCGAGGGUUUGCGUACGACUCCCAUCUCUGGUGCUGCGGGGAUUCGAAUGCCGGUUAAUCCGAUCGAGAAUGAAGAGGCGGAGGAUUGGGUUCAGAUGCGAAUCAUCGAAGGUUGGAGUCAUGGAUUUUUGCAGAUGUCCAGUUUGAUGCCGGAAGCCAAACAAGUCAUUGGGUUUUUGGGUACUUGGAUGAGUCUCGUCUUCGAAGAGUACAGGGAUAAGUUGGACGAGGAAAGGCAGAGAAGAGAGGCGGAGAGUGUGAAGAAGGCGUCGGAGAACUUGCCGGUUCUGUCGCAGGGGAGGUUGUUCGGGUUAGGUAUGCAGCAGGAGAAACCUGUUGGGGUGGAAAAAGGGAAAGAUGACGUGGUGGCAGCAGAGGUCAAGUCGCAACAGCAGCAAGAAGUGCAUGAUGCUGAUGAUGAAGGUGAAGGUGGUGAUAAUGGUAAUACUCAGCAGGGUAGAGAGGAGGAGGAGGAGGAGGAAGAGGAAGAUGGACCAAUUAUGGUGAUUCCCAAGAAAACUCGUUCUUCUCCAGCAACCACCUCUGCCCCGGCUCCUUCUCAAGUUACCAACCUUCGCCAAGCAUCCGACAACACCAAAUCAUACUCUGAUACCGAGAUCACCAACAGCAGCGCCAACCCUCUUCCUCGUACAGCCCAAGUCGGUCGAGAAGAUAGCGAAGCAAACCUACUUCCACUCGACGCCGCCACUCGCAGCGGUUAUCCGGGUAGCAUGACCACGCGUGUCGCUUCCGGUAUGUCACCUCUACCGGGCGGAAGGCGGGGCAGCGAGUAUGAGAGAUCAAUGCUCAUGGUUGAAGAAGCCAAACUGUUGGCCCGAAGGAGAGACGAUGUGCUGUUCGGCCUGGAGGGGAAUGUCAGUGCGGUUUAUGGCAGUGAAGAUGAAGAUGAGCAUGGAGCGGGUCGGAGCAAGAGGAGCACGACGGACAGUAGCAUGGCCAGAACGGGUGAUACUACGGCGGAGAGGGAGGGCAACGGGGAGAAAAUCGCUUCUGUUGCAUGA